AUGGUGUUCUACUUCACCAGCAGCGUUAACUCAUCUGCUUACACUAUUUACAUGGGAAAGGAUAAAUAUGAAAAUGAGGAUCUAAUAAAGUAUGGCUGGCCUGAAGAUAUUUGGUUUCAUGUGGACAAACUCUCUUCGGCUCAUGUAUACCUUCGAUUACAUAAGGGGGAGAACAUAGAAGACAUUCCCAAGGAAGUAUUGAUGGACUGUGCCCAUCUUGUGAAGGCCAAUAGCAUUCAAGGCUGCAAGAUGAACAACGUCAACGUGGUAUAUACACCAUGGUCUAACCUGAAGAAAACCGCUGACAUGGACGUGGGACAGAUAGGCUUUCACAGGCAGAAGGAUGUGAAAAUUGUGACAGUGGAGAAGAAAGUAAAUGAGAUCUUGAACAGAUUAGAAAAGACCAAAGCGGAGCGGUUCCCAGACCUAGCAGCAGAGAAGGAAUGCAGAGACCGGGAGGAAAGGAAUGAGAAAAAAGCCCAAAUUCAGGAAAUGAAAAGGAGAGAAAAGGAAGAGAUGAAGAAGAAGAGGGAAAUGGAUGAACUUAGGAGCUAUUCAUCACUAAUGAAAGCUGAGAAUAUGUCUUCAAAUCAGGCGUGCGGGGAGUCCGGAAUCGGAGGCAAGAUGAAGACACUGAUGCUGUUGGUGGGGCUGCUGAUGACCUGGGAGCAUGGGCAGGUGCUGGGCGCCCCGGCAGUCUCCGAGCAAGAGCUUCAGGAAAUGUCCACCGAGGGGAGUAAGUACGUCAAUAAGGAAAUUAAAAAUGCCUUCAAGGAGGUGAAACAUAUCAAGUCUCUAAUAGACCACACCAACGAUGAGCGCAAAUCGCUGCUCCUCAGCUUGGAAGAGGCCAAGAAGAAGAAAGAGGACGCCCUAACUGAUACCAGGGACACUGAAAUGAAGCUGAAGGCGUCCCAGGAAGUGUGCAAUGAUACCAUGAUGUCCCUCUGGGAGGAGUGCAAGCCCUGCCUGAAGCAGACCUGCAUGAAGUUCUAUGCGCGCGUCUGCAGGAGCAGCUCGGGGCUGGUUGGCCACCAGCUGGAGGAGUUCCUGAACCAGAGCUCUCCCUUCUACUUAUGGAUGAACGGCGACCGCAUCGACUCCCUGCUGGAGAAUGACCGGCAGCAGACCCACGUGCUGGACUCCAUGGAGGACAGAUUCCAAAGGGUGUCCAGCAUUAUGGACGAGCUUUUCCACAACAGAUUCUUCAACCGGGAACUCCUGGAUCCCUUCCACUUUUCAUCCUUUGGCUCAUCCCAAAGGAGGCCUUUCCCCAAGACCCGCUUUGCCCGAAACAUAAUGUCUUUCCCCAUGUUUGGAGUCUCAAACAUCCAUGACAUGUUCCAGCCCUUCUUUGACAUGAUACACCAGGCUCAGCAGGCGAUGGAUGGCCAAUUCCAGGGCUCUCUCUUCGAUUUUCCGAUGGUGGAAUUCCCGGAAGAAAACAAUGAUAACCGCACCAUAUGCAAGGAGAUACGUCACAACUCUACGGGGUGCCUGAAGAUGAAGGAUCAGUGUGCCAAGUGCCAGGAGAUCUUGUCAGUGGACUGCUCCGGCAGCAACCCCACGCAGAGCCUGCUGCGCGAGGAGCUGAACAGCUCCCUGGAGCUGGCGGAGAAGCUAAGCAGGCAGUACGAGGAGCUGCUGCGGUCCUACCAGCAGAAGAUGCUCAACACCUCCGCUCUGAUCAAGCAGCUCAAUGAGCAGUUCAGCUGGGUGUCCCAGCUGGCCAACCUCACGCAGAGGGAGGACCAGGACUACGCCCUCCACGUCACCACGGUGGCUUCCCACAGCUCCGACCCUAGCGUCCCCUACGGCAUCAGGAAGGUGAUCCUGACGCUCUUCAAUUCUGACCCCAUCACCGUGAACGUCCCAGAAGAAGUCUCCAUGCACAACUCUAAGUUCAUGGAGACCGUGGCCGAGAAAGCCCUGCUGGAGUAUCGCCAGAAUGCCCAGGAGAAAUGA